AUGGAUACAGAAGGCACUACAGCGAGUGAAAAUAAGCAGAAAAUUGCAAAGGGCAUAGGUUCACAACUUAAGAUUACAUCUGUUAACGAUCGCACUUGUGAGGCAAGUCAAGAACAUGCUGCAGUUACUCCUACAAUGCAAAUUUCCAAUCAGGAGCCGGCUAAAAAUGUCUUUGAGAUACUAUCCCAAUCGAUGGAGUUUUUUGGUGAACAUGCUGAUGAUUCUGGACUGCAGCUAAUCUCAAUGGGCAACAACCAACAGUCAAAUGCAGCUAAUAAAAAGAAAUGGGCUGACCAAGUUGAGGAGGAGGAACAUGAUUCUGCAGAAAUGUAUCUAGGUACUAACAAAUAUGCAGCAACACUGUUACCCGCCACCCCACGAUCAAAUGAAGCAUCAGAAAAGGUACAAAAAGAGCAGGUUUCUAACUCAACAUCAACUGCUUCAAAGAGGAGAGGUUUGAGUCCAAACGUUGUUGUAUUUGUACAUUCGGGACACCAACAAAAGACAAAUAAUUCAGCAGAUUCAAAGGAGAUCCAAAUUUCAUCCUCGAACAUGGCAGUAGCUACUGGAAUUAGCACUUCAAUAACUGCAACAUAUAAUUUGACACCAACAAAUAUCAUCCACGCUCUUGUUUCACAUGACAUGGAAACAUUGAGAGGUCUUGAUAAUCAGAGGAAAGAUCAAAUAGCACUAUCGAAUAAGUACAGGCAUAUUGAUGAUUUUGGGAUGCAUAUGGGUCAAGAUUUUUAUGAAGAAGGAGAAGGGGGUGCACUACUGGAUGCCACCUUCAACAUUAUAGCUAGGGAGGGAGAUCUUUCACCAAGACAUGUGCGAAGCGGAUCCAACAAAUACAAGAAGAAGGCACCAGACAUACAACAUAGUUGGGACAGCAAAGCAACACAAGAGGUUGUCAUUAGGAAACCUCCAAUGAGAAAUGCAAAGCAAAAGGGAGUUGUACCUACGACCUCUACAAGGUCAAAAGGUCAAAGAGAAAUUGAUAACGUUUGA